AAAGCAAACUUGCAAUCGUAAAGUAUAUGAAAUGUUAAUGAGCAUUAACUAAGUUUUAUUUAUAAUCAAAAUAUGGGAACCGAGAUAGCAAUAUCGUUUAGUACCUUACGUGCUCAAUUAGAGAGUGAAAAAAGUAGUUUAUGUAAAAUUGAUGAAAACAUUAAGAAAAUUGUACAAACCUCAGGACGGUUUUCAGAUAGAUUUAAUGGUCCUGUAGAUUACACAAGAGGUGGUUCACGGUUAGGUGGUAGAAAUGCAUACCCUGAUGUAGCUAAUAAUUACAAAAAUGAAGAUCAAUCGAAGCGCAAACAUGAAACCAAGACAGUUUUUAGCAGACUAUCUGCAAGAUUGAAUGAUAGCGAUGGAGAAGAUGAUGGCCCAGGACCAAAGAGGAACAAAGUACCCUCAACAGUGUGUCGAGAGCUCCCCACCAGAGCUGCAGUGCUGCGUGCUCAAGGUGACGACGAACAAGCAAGGAAACGUAAUAGAAGAAUAUUUGGAUCAUUGCUCGGAACACUUCAGAAGUUUAAGCAAGAAGAGAUUGUAAUGCAGACUAAAGAAGAUAAAAGGGCUCAAGUUGAAAAAAAAAUAGAAGAGCAAGCAAGACUAGAAAAGGAAAGAGAACUGCAAGAACGGAAGACUUUAUUUGCUGAGCGGGAUCAUAAAAAAGCCACCAUAAAGGCCUUAGAGGCAAAAAUGGCACGCGUACAUGAGUUUGAAAAGUGGGAAGCAUCACAGCAAUGCUUAAGUAACUUCAUUCUGACUAGAACCAAACCCCAUAUAUACUGGCUACCAAAGAAGAUAUCGGAAAAAGCAACUGAAAGAUUAAAUUACAGUAGAAAAUUCCAUGAGAGUUACAUGGCAAGGAAACGAGAAGAAUUACAAGAUGAGUUACAACGUAUAGAGUACAGGUGUCUCCGACCAAGAGGCCCCGGCACUAAGGAGAAUAAUCUGGAAAACCAUCAUAGAAAUUACAUAUUUGAGAAAUCCCCUAUCAUUGAGGAAAUCAAACAGGAGGAUAGAGGAAGGAAGAGAGAUAAGUUUGCUAUGGAUGUGGACGAAAAGGAUCGAGAUGAAAGUGAUGGUGAAGACAGACAUAACGAGGUCCAGGAAAAUGUAACAGAGAAAAUAGAAUCAGAUGAAAAUAAAAUGGACACCAGCACAGUUCUGGACAAUAUUUCUCAAACUGAAGAAGAAACCAUCAAAGAAGAUAAAGAUAAACCAAACACUAUCAAUGAAGGUGACGAGAUGAAAGACUUGACAUCUGAUCCUCCGGAGCCGUAACACGUCUUAACCUUAAUAAAAACUAGAAAAUCAAGGAAAAUACAUUUUAAUUUGGCCGCGUGUUCAUGAAAUAUUUUCAGUUGCUUACAGCUUCGAUUUUGCCUCUUUUUUUCACCUAUCAUAAUUUGAUAUUCAUUUAUAAGAAAAGUUACUGUAACUUUAUUAUUCACAUAAAUCAUGUCUUAGGUUUGUACAACAUCAAAGAACUAAUCAAUUAAAGAUUUGAUUGACAAUUGAUAAAAUUACACUUAUAUACACAUAAAAUUGUCUGUUUGUUUAAGAAUCGAGGAAAAAAUACUGGACCUAGUGUGAUUUAACUUUUCGUGUUUAAAAGCUUAUAUCACAAUGCGGUAUAUAAUUUACCUCACUAUAUUGAUUGAAACUGGAGAUAUAACAAUAAAUACACGUUUUUCCCCAACCAAGUGCCUAACCAAGUAUAAAAUGAGCUCCUAUUUCAUACAAUUGCCUGCUAAUGUCUGUAUUAAUGGAGGAUUAGUAUUACAUGACGUUUGUACUUGGAGCCCUAUUAAUGUCUAUUUGUUCUUUAAAGCUUUUAAAUACGAGAGAAGGAGCUUUAAGUUUUUUUUUAUCUGAACAGAUAUUUGUAUGGUCCAGUGUAAAUAGAAAAACCAUCAAACAUUUUUAUAUAUUUUAAUAAGUCAUGCUACUUAUGGUACACCGAUUUUUUUUGUUAUAUUUUAUCCAAAUAACUUUAUAAAACAUUUAUCAAAGUUUUACAGUAAUUCCUUUUCUUUAAGUUCAAGGUUUAUUCAGUAUGUCAGAAAAAAAAUGAUUAAAUUGCCUCAGAACUUGUAAACAUUCUGUGAUGAAAACACCGUGUAACAGAAAAUAGGAACAGAAUUAGUGUAUUAAUGUAGGUAUUAAACAUUUACAAUUAAAAAAAACUAUACAUAGAAAAAGUAUAUUCAAAGGUAUUCCAAGAUUAAUAUAAGCACUAAGGAUGUUUUAGUAUUUUAAAAAAUAUGUUAUGAAAACUCAACCUCUUGUAUUUGUAACACCAUUUUAUUGUGCAUACCUGUGGCACAGUUCAGUUUUUCUUUUAUAAUAAAUACUUGAAUAAAUGUACAAUUUUCGAUGUUACAUGUCAAUAUAUAGAUUGUAUUUAUAAUAAAUGAAUACUUGAAAAGUGUACCAACAUUUUUAAACAAAAUUAAAAAUAAAAUUAUUUCCGAGUGUUAUUUUCAUAUUUGACCUUACAACGAUGUAUCAAAGACAAAUAAAACAGCUGUAUAUUAGUAAGAAAUAUAAUGAGAAAAUAAAGAUCACAGUUUGCAUGAAAUUUUCAAAUUAACAAGAAUAAAGUACAAAAGACACUGUGUGAUAUUCAUUAUGCAUUUAAGAUUAAUGGUAAGUUGGAAUUUCUUUAUUUGUAAUGGAAUAAAUAAUAUACUUAAUAAAAA